GAGGUUACUCAACUCCGAUCCGACCAAUCGGACGAGUCCUGCUGAGUCACGGGUCCCGGCUUCAAAUGAGCCGACGGCGGCGUUGGAGGAGCAUUCAGGGACAGGUCUUCACGCGGAGCGAGGACGACAGGAAAGAAAGAUGGAGCGACUCAACGUACUCGUCUGUCUCGGGUUGGUUUUUGCAGCUUCAACUCUGGCCCAGGUGGUCGACCCCAGAGGCGCCCGACCGGUGGAGCAAGGCACCAGAUCUGAGACCUGUGCCACGGAGAGGGACUGGCCUUUCUGCUCAGACGACGACUGGGGCGCCAAAUGCCCGUCGGGCUGCAGGAUCCUGGGACUGCUGAAUAAAUACGACCACGGGGCGAUGAAGAAGAUCGAGAAGAUCCGCGGCCUCCUGGACCUGAACAAGGCCAAGCACCGCUCCGCAGACCAGGUCUCCAAGCAGACCUACGACUACCUGAAGGACAGACUCACCAUCAACUCUGAUAACGACAACAGCUACUACAACCUGGCCCAGACGCUGCGUCAGAGGAUCACAGACAUAAAGAUCAAGAUCGACCGACAGCUGAGGAUCCUGGGGGCCCUGAAGGACCGGGUCAAGGACCAGGUGGUGGACAUGCAGAGGCUGGAGGUGGACAUUGAUAUUAAGCUCCGAUCCUGCAAAGGAUCCUGCCAAAGCUACACCGUGUACCAGCUGGACCGGGAGAGCUACGUGGAGCUGGAGAAACAGGUCAGCCAGCUGGACGCCCUGUCGGCCCAGAGCAUCGAGUCCGUGGGGACCCUGUCCGUGAUGAAGAGCCGGCCCCUGCAGGGCGUCAUCGUGGACAGCAUCUACAAGUCCAAGGAUGUCGGCGGAGGACAGCAGCGGGAAGACAUGUUCCCCGAGGUGAGGACGGUCCAGUUGGUCCUGGAACAGGAGGGCUCCAGCUCCUCGUCCCCAGCAACCAUCUCCAAGGUCCCAGGUAGUUCCUUCACUCCGUCCACAUCCUCCUCUUCUUCCUCCUCCUCCUCCUCCUCUUCCUCUAAAUCCAUCACCGAGCUCGGGGGACGCGGCGACGACGUCUUCGGCACGGGGGUCGGCCAGACCGGCACGAGCCACGUUAGCAGCAAAACCGUCUCCUGCACCCGCAGCACCCGCCGCACCGUGGUCCACACCAAGAGCGGCCCGGUGGAGAAGGUGGAGGAGGUGUUCGAGGGGGGCCCCGAGUGCUCGGCCAUGACGGACCUCACCAAGGGAGGGAUGGGCGCCCUCUUCCCCAGCCUCGGCCACACCUCCUCCUCUUCCUCCUCCUCCUCCUCAUCCUCGUCUUCUGUGACCAAGACGGUCCACACCGGCGGCGCCAAGGGGAGCCUCCUGGACACCAAAACCGAGUUUGGGAACCCGUUCGUAACUCAUGAAUAUAAUUUAUUCGACACAGGGCUCGACCUUGGCUUGUUCGACACGGGCGCCGCGGAGGACGACCUUCCUGACAUCCACGCCCGGAGUGUGAAGAGCGUCGUUACCGAGCGCCGAGCCGAUUAUGUAGGAAAAGAUUGUGUCGAGGCCCACCAGAACCACCUGAACGGGGAAUCAAACGGCCUGUUUAAGAUCAAACCCGGCGGCGCCGCCUCGGCACAGGCGGCGCAGGAGGUUUACUGCCAGCAGGCGGGGCUAAUGGGCGGGUGGUUGUUAGCGCAGCAGAGGCAGAGCGGCGCGCUCGGCUUCAACCGCACCUGGGCCGAGUACCGCGGCGGGUUUGGCUCGGUCGACGCCGCCGGCAACGGGGAGUUCUGGCUGGGCAACCAGAACCUCCACCUGCUGACCAGUCAGGGGGAGAGCAUGCUGAGGGUGGAGCUGGAGGACUGGGAAGGGGGCGUGGCCAGCGCCGAGUACACGGUCAGGGUCGGCGCCGAGGCGGAGGGGUACCCGCUGCACGUGUCCGGUUACACCGGGGACGCCGGUGACGCUCUGGCGCCGUCCCACGACGGGAUGAAGUUCAGCACCUUUGACCGGGAUAACGACCUCUGGGGGGGGAGCUGCGCCGGGCGCCACGGCGGCGGGUGGUGGUACAACAAAUGCCAGACGGCGAAUUUGAACGGGGUUUAUUAUAAAGGAGCGAAAAACGAGCCUGAAAACGGAGUCGUGUGGGCGACGUAUAAACCGGCCAAUUACAGCCUGAAGACGGCAAGGAUGUUCAUCCGCCCCGCUGCGUUUUAAUUGGACGAAAUAUGC